AUAAAAAACAUCUGUGUUGUGUUGUUUUCUUUGUAAAAAUUAAUAAAAGCAAGAUCUAGAUCUUCAAACCUCAAAAUAGUGUUCUUCUGUCAUUAAUAUCAAAUCAAAUCUAUCAAAAUGGAGAACAAAGUCCAAGAGAUAAUAGAAAAACAAGUAUUGACUGUAGCAAAAGCAGUAGAGGAUAAGAUAGAUGAUGAAAUAGCGGCUUUAGAUAAACUUGAUUUAGACGACAUUGAUGCCUUAAGAGAAAGGAGGUUACAACAAAUGAAAAAAAUGGCCGAGAAGCGUAGCAAAUGGGUGGCCCUUGGUCACGGAGAGUAUACCGAAAUCUUUUCCGAAAAGGAUUUCUUUUCCAUUGUAAAGGCUAGUGAUCGUGUCGUUUGUCAUUUUUAUCGCGAAAACUGGCCCUGCAAGGUAGUGGACAAACACUUGAGCGUACUUGCCAAGCAGCAUAUUGAGACCCGAUUUUUAAAGAUUCAAGCAGAGAAAAGCCCAUUCUUGGCCGAGAAGCUAAAGAUUGUUGUUCUUCCAACAAUUGCUCUCAUAAAGAAUGCCAAAGUAGAUGACUAUGUGGUGGGAUUUAAUGAGCUGGGUGGAACUGAUGACUUUAGCACAGAAGAACUUGAGGAGAGAAUAGCCAAAGCCCAAGUAAUCUUUUUUGAAGGCGAAUCAUCUUUGAAACCAUCAAAGACACAAGCAAGAAAUGUUCGCCACGGUUCCAACUCUCAUGGUUCUGAUUCUGAGUAAUCGAGUUCUUAUCCUUUUGCCUGUUAUGCUAAAAGGCUUUUAGGUGUGGGUGUAUUAGUUAAAAAUGAGGUUAAUUUUUGGAAGCGGAGGUUUCUCUUGCAAACCUAUCGUUUGUGGGUUGCUUGGUUUAUAUAAUAUAUAUAUCAUCACUAGAUUCUGUUACAAGGAACAGAUGAAGAAAAGAACGUCGUUGGUCUAAUUUUUGUAGAUGUUACAGUGAUCUGUUUUCUUAGUUUGAAUCCUUUUAAUCAAUUGUUUAUGUAGCUCA